UGUAACCCGGAUGCCGGUUACAUCGGCUAUUCCCGAUGUGACAUAGAUACGAGGGAUUGCCAUGUCACGUCUCUUUAGUUUACCACCACCAUCUGUACCGUCGUCUCACGAAUACCGAGCUGGUUCCUUGCACAUCUGUGUGAACGAGUUCUUCAGUGUAGCUCCGUGGCUACGAGCUUCCACUUUUUUUUUGCAAUCCAACUUGCUCUCUUCUUUCGCUUUCGUUCCCACACUGGACGCUGCCACGUCAUCACGCCGUUUCACGCGCCGUACCGCGCAGCAGUACCACCUACCCGUCUUUGAAGCCUUGGACGAUCCAGACUUACAUCAACAACCCGACAAACACGCUACAGACCCUCGUCUAUCUCCCGUUCCCAACCGUUCAUCGUCACCAUUGACUGAACUUGAUUCUUCUUGCUCGCCUAGCCCUCAACCAAUGUCUUCGAAAUUAGAUCUCCCUACCCUCGCCAAUGUCACCUCGAUUGCUGCACUCACAUGGCUGACUCGCUGCGCAGACUCCUUUGAGGCCUGGUCUGCUCUCAAUGCCGAUAAGAAGAUCAAACCCGAGACGCAAAUACUAGUUGCUGGAUUGAAGAUGGAACAUGCUGAGGCCGCUGCUUGGUGGAAUGAGAACCGGGAGUCGUUAAAGAAGCUGGCAUCAUGGGAUGAGUUUGUCGCAAAGGUGAAGGAUCGUUUUGUCCCCUCCAACUGGCGUUUGGAUGCACUUGCUGCCUUCUACUCGGUAAAGCAUGCACCUGGGACGGACUUCCAGUCUUUUGUGUCAGACCUCCAAACUGCGCGGAAUGCCCUCGCGUCUGCUGGCACUGGCUACACCAUCACCGACUCUUCUGUCAAAAAUCAUCUAUUAUUCUUCGCGCAUCCCAUUUUAUCCCUUCGCGUCCGUAGUACUACGGGUUUUGCGUCAGUCUACGGAACCAUGAAGCUUGAUGCCUUGGUCAAUCUGAUGUCUACGACUUGGGCGAGCCUAAUUGCAGAGAACGUCGUUCGAAUCAAGAAUGUUCAGACUAGUGACCAAUCCCAUGCCAUUCCGACUGCCCACAUCACUUCUACCCAUCCCACAGCAUCUACGGCCGCGUCAAACGGUUCACGUUACCCUUUUCCGGAUCUUUCCUAUGCCGAGAAAGAGGCUCUUCGGGCUUCUGGAGGUUGUUUCCAUUGCAGGAAGACCCCAUCUUCGCUGAACUGGACGCAGCACAGCGCACGUAACUGCCCUGGAGAUUCAGCUGCCGGUGUCGCUCCACGAGCCACCCGCCCUCUACUCCCUCACCAACGAGUAGCUGGAAUUACUUUUGGGGAUGCCGAGAUCCCGGAAACGCCAGGCUCCUUUGUAUUAGAUGGACCCGACUCUUCGGACUCGGACUACGACACCGACCAUGACUUUGACUAAAGAUUUCCCUCACUACCCGUUGUCUUUCGCAUCGCUUUCGUACUCGCUUUUCUUUGAUUGCUAUCGUCUUCAGCCAUGUUGCAAUAUUUUGGUCACUUCUGUCCUUAUGUUCGCACCCGUGAAAGAUAAUACUUUCCUUGUUCGUUUCGUCC